AUGCCAAAAGCAUACAAGCAACGGAAAAGAGAACCUUACAGCUCUGAGAGUAUGCAGAAUGCAGUGUCCUCUGUAAUGAAAGGCACUUACUCCAUUAGAAAGGCUGCAGAAAUGUUUAAUGUAAAUAAAUCAACCUUCCAUGACACGAUUAAAAAAAAGUAUAAGAACCCUGGUCAACCUGGUAGAAAAACAGCGAUCCCACCAGAAGUUGAACAAAAGAUAGCAAAUGCUUUGAAGGAAGCAUCUAAACAGGGCAUGGGCAUUUCAAGGCGGCAAUUAUUGCGCCGGGUAGGCAGUUUAUGCAAAAAAAUGAAAAUCGAGGUUGAUCAAUUUAAGCAACAGACCCCCGGAAAGGACUGGUUUGUUGGUUUUAUGAAGCGACAUCCAACACUGUCAAUUCGCAAACCAGAGAAGUUAGCGACAACAAGAGCAAGGAUGACAAAUCCGGCGAUAGUCUCAAAAUAUUUCGAUGAUCUUGGGCAAAUUCUGAAAAAUCUUGGCUUGUUAUCAAAACCUGCGUGCAUAUGGAAUUGCGAUGAAACUGGAAAAAGUUUUGAGCACACACCAGUAAAAGUCAUUGCGGAAAAGGGAUCUAAGGCUGUGGUAGGGAGGACAUCAUCAUGCAGGACAAAUAUAACGGUCAUGGCAUGUGUGAAUGCUGCUGGGGGUAAGAUGUCUCCAUUGUUUAUUGUCAAAGGCAAGACAUCCAGAUCCUUGCAUGGAUUUAACACCCUUGCUGCCCCACAAGGAACACGCUGGCACUACCAAGCUAAUGGCUGGAUGAAUGACGACAUUGGCGAAAAAUGGUUUGAGGACGUUUUCCUUAUGGAGUGUGGCACAGAAAGGCCCCAGCUCCUGAUUCUGGAUGGCCACUCCUCCCACGAGAGUCUUUCCAUCAUUGAGUUGGCCAUCCAGAAUGAUAUCCACAUUCUGAGCCUCCCUCCUCAUACUACACAUGCCCUUCAGCCUCUUGAUCGCUGUGUAUUUGGUCCGCUUAACAGCGCCUACAACACUGAAUGCUCAAACUUCCUUAACCAGAACCCACUCAACAACAUCAACAAAUGGUCAUUUCCAGGUAUUUUGGCCGUUGCCUGGGAAACAGCUGUCUCCAAAACAAAUAUCCAAGCUGGUUUCCAAUCAUGUGGCAUAUUUCCGUUUAAUCCAUCAGCUGUUGCUCCUGAGCUGUUGAAGCCUUCCAUUCCUUCAGAUAAGCCCAAACCCCUUCUGUCUUCCGCAGAUGAAAUAUCAUCAACCACCACUCUUUCUAAGCAUUCUGAGGUAUCCUCUGGUCCCCCCUCGGUUUCUGGUCCUUCUGUAUCUUCUUCUAGUGGUCCAGUAUCUUUCACUAUUGUCUCUUCAGGAGUUGGUUCAUCCUUAUUGCCUACAGUCACCCCAUCUACACGACAGGAUCUUUCCAUUAAUGAGGCCCCUUAA